CCGGUUCAAAUAGACGAUCUCCGGCCAUGAUGCUUCACUCGGACCUCUCAGCUGGCUACUGCAAUGUGAGCGAGUGGAGCAACUCUAGCCUCCUCUCUCUUCGGACCUUUGGCUCAACAUGUUAGUGACACCGCGGGGGACGAAGCAGCUUCAUUGAUGAAAGCUGUUGGUUUAUGCAUCCUGUCAAUCACCCGAGGAAGAUAAGAAAGACCUAAGGACACCACUUUCUCAUCAAAGACCUGAUACCUGUAGUGUGAGCCAAGUACGUGAUCUGAGACAGGCUGAGGCUUAGAUUUUAAUCCCCAGAUUAAAGAAAGAGGAGAAACUGUGUCCGGCUCUUAUCUCCAUCAGCUAAUGUUCUUGGGGCUACUGGUCUCCGCGGGAAGCUCUCUGCCUCAGGAAACAAAAACCUUUCGUGCCUGCCUUCCUGAGCCUACAACCCUGCAUCAUCACCUGGAGCUAACAGCGUCCUGCUGACUCGCAGCACAGGUGCUCAGUCCAGGUGUUGCAGUAUUGUCUCUGCGUCUGUGGCAGCAGUUAUGUUUGCUGUUGGUCAGGAUUCCUCAAGAACUCGCAGUCAACCUACAGCGACCAAGAGGAAUUUUCCAGCUCCGUUCAGCUGGAGCUGACAUCUCAGAAGUCAUUCCUACAGGAGAACUGCUCACUGAGAGGGGAACGAGGAGAUCGGACAGGAACGUUCCUCCACCUCAGGCUUGAGUAUCACCUUGACUGUUAAUUCCUAUCCACCCAAGACUUUGCCCAUAAGCUCCUCAGAAGUACCCACAUCAUCUUUCGGCUGUGCCAUGCCCACCAACCAGUCCUCCCCAUGGGGUGGGGAGAAUCUUCAGACUUGCUCCAAUGCAGAAAGUCCCAAUGCUGCAAGCUCUGUCAGUACACAGGCCGGUGCGGCCACUAAAGUGCCUUUAAGUCAGACUUCCCUAGAGGUACCCAGGAGGAAGGAUCAAGCCAAACCACUCUCCUCUAAUGUUGCCUCAUCUGGUUUCCCAUUGAAGCAGACAACAGCGGCCCCACCCAUGCUCUCCACGUGGGAGAGCGGGGAUGGAAAUAAUACCAACACACAGAGCCAAUUCACCGCUGUGCCAAAUGGGUCACCAAACCAUCCGCAACAUCUUAACGGCAUUCAAAGCUCAAACCAGAUACUGGCGACAGGACUGAAGGAGGCGGGUAGCAUCCUCACCAAGACCAGUGCCCCUUCCUCCAUCCCCAAGAAGGUACACCAUAAUGGGUUUAAUGUCCGGCUGAACGGUACCAGUGGUUUAGCAAUGAGCAGACAUCAGGCUGCCACAGGCGAUGCACUGAUGGGACCAGAGCCGCUUUGUCAUCAAGACCUAAUCAUCAGAGGACAGCGCUCUCUGCAGCAAACCGACAAGUUGAUGCUUGAAGCUGCAGACCGUUCCUCCUCGCCAUCAGUGCCUCCUCUACGCCUUACUGUUUGUGAACAUCAAGGGGUAGCUUCGGGGAAAGAAGCCUCCGGCCUGGACAGCACAAAAGUAGAAACAAGAAGCACAGCAACCGCUACGAGGAGCAGCCAUUCAGCGACGCCGGCAACAAAAUGCAGCCGCACAACAAUAACUGCUUCAAACAAUCAGUUGCUCAUAAGAGGUGGUCCUCCAGCAGCAGUGGCGGUAGAAACUAUAACUGGCAAGCCCCAAACAACAGCGUCACCAGGCCUGAAAGAGCUGGCUCCGGAAAGUCAGUGUGCUUUGGGCAGCACCUCGUCCACAUGCAAAAAAAGCAGCCCUGCAUCAGCCAGUCCCUUUCCAAAUGACCACAUGCCAAAUGUGCUCAGUGCCAGUGUGAGUGCCACUCAGGAGAAGCUGCACACACCGCUGGAUGCCAUCACAGAUCUGGCCUCCUGUCCUGCAGGAUCUUUGGUGGGCUCCGUGACCACCCAGAUCUCCACGAUCCACCUAACCCAGCAGGGACAACCUGCGCCCAUGUCAUCUUCAUCUGAACCGCCUCCCUCAACCAUGACAGAAGAGUGUCUGUCUGGAGAGACUCAGCUGUCUGGCCCGGAGUGUGUAAUGCAGAUGGAUGGAGCUGAGGAGGAGCUGCCUGAUGAGCUGGAAAAUGUCUGUAGUGAUGAUGAUGAUUCAGACUGUGCAUCCUCAUCCACAGGAUCCAUCGCUCUCCUUUCUGGUGUCGACGAGCCAAUGUCAUUGGGGGCAGAAGAUAAUCGAGAGGAGAAACCAGCUUUGGUUCCCAGUUUGUUCCCCCACAUCCCUCCAACGCUCUACUUCAGCACCGCCAAUGAGAGAGUGGAACUGCUGCCUGUAGAGCAAAGACGACUGUUAAAAUGGAAGAUGAGCACGGUCACGCCAAAUGUUGUCAAACACACCAUCGCCAGAUCACACUUCAAAGCCACCAAGAAAAGUCAUGACUGGAUGGGCAGUUGGGGACACCACAUGAGGUCUACUUGUUUCAAGACCCUCGGAGAGCACCAGAAGUUGAACCACUUCCCCGGGACGUUUCAGAUUGGCCGGAAGGACCGGCUGUGGAGGAACCUGUCUAAGAUGCAAGUUCGCUUUGGCAAACAAGAGUUCAGCUUUUUCCCCCGGACCUUCAUCCUUCCUCACGACAUCAAGCUGCUUCGUAAGGCCUGGGAGGACAGUGGCUCCAGGCAGAAAUGGAUCGUCAAACCUCCUGCGUCAGCCAGAGGGAUAGGAAUCCAGGUCAUCCACAGAUGGAGCCAGAUGCCUCGCAGGAGACCGCUCCUGGUCCAGAAGUACCUUCACAAGCCCUACCUCAUCAGCGGCAACAAGUUUGACCUGCGGAUCUACGUCUAUGUGACGUCCUUCGAACCGCUCAGAAUCUACAUCUUCUCUGACGGACUUGUUCGAUUCGCCAGCUGCAAGUAUUCGUCUUCCAUGAAGACUCUGAGCAACAAGUUUAUGCACCUGACCAACUACAGCGUCAACAAGAAAAACUCUGAGUACCAGACAAACAGCGAUGAUAAGGCGUGCCAGGGACACAAAUGGGCUUUAAAGGCCUUGUGGCAGUACCUCAGUGCUCGGGGAGUCAACACCACUCAGAUCUGGGAGAAGAUUAAAGACAUUGUGAUCAAAACCGUCAUUGCCUCAGAACCGUACGUUAACAGCCUGCUCAAGAUGAACGUACGGACACCUUAUAGCUGCCACGAGCUGUUCGGCUUUGACAUCAUGCUGGAUGAGAACCUGAAACCCUGGCUCCUUGAGGUCAACAUAUCACCAAGCCUCCAUUCCAACACAGCGCUGGAUGCUUCCAUCAAAGGACAGAUGAUCAGAGACCUCCUGAACCUGGCUGGCUUCCGUAUUCCCCAGAAGGAAGAUGCGACCGCCCCCUGCAGCAGCCCCUCCAGCUCCAGCACCAGUCUGUGUGGCGGGACCAGGGAGAAGGCCAAGCCAGAUCUGUCUGUUGAUGAAAAGGUGAAACGGGCUUUCUACCUCACACAGCGCUACCCCGACCAGGACUUCUUCUCCACAGUGCUGGAUGUCUUAACUCCAGAUGACGUCCGCAUGCUGGCAGCGAGCGAAGACGAGCUGGAACGCCUCGGAGAGUUUGAGCGAAUUUUCCCUUCGGCGUUAUCAUCUCGCUACCUCCGUUUUUUUGAGUCCCCGAGAUACCUCAACAUCCUGCUGGACCAGUGGGAGCGGAAAUAUUGGAACAACAGGCAAAGAGGUAUCCGUCUGCUGAGGAGUCUCUGUGAGAAAGGAAUCCAUCUGGGAACGGACGACCCUGCUCACAUGUGGUCCCAGUGUACCUACACUUCAAGGUUCGAACACCACAGACAAGUCCUCGUCAGCCCAUCCAGAUCCAGGGUGGUGGUCAGCCAACAGCAGCAGCGCUCCCAAAAAGACAAUGCCGACGACAGGGACGCCGCUUUGCCCUCCAGCCUGCCUGUUUCGCCAAGUCCCGGAUCUAGUGUCGCCAGCAGUGCCUGUGCAAGCCCUCAGCCCGGCUUCUCCCAGAGCCUGCUGCUCCAACAGUUUGCCUCACUUUGAGACCCAGUUUACUAACAUUCAUCUGAUGUUCAGAACCCAGAACAGCCACAAAGCUCAGGGUCUUAACCCUAACCCUCUCUGCAAACAUCCUUCUAUUGAUUUUUCAUGUUUAAAUUGAUGGGUACUGUUUCUUGAAGCCCAGUCUUAACAAACACUGUAGAAGGAAGUGGAUUCUGUUCUGUAGAUGUUCUAAGAAUUGUAGUUGGUCAUCAGGAGAAAGUACUUACAACAGCAGUCAUCAUAAUGUUCCAGCUGGAUUUCUGCAGAAAAUUGGGGAACCAUUUAAACAUUGGCUUUUCAGUUUUCAGUUCUUUCUUAUCUUGAGAUAAACCUCCAUUACUGCAACCCCGGUGAUAAUACAUAACACUUAAAGGACCAUGCCAGUGUUUUUGUUCUGUUUCAUAUUCAUGCCAAGUUCAGGUGAAAUGUAUUCUCAACUUUUGAGCAGUGACUUUGCAUUCAUUAAAAUCAUCCUGCAGAGACUUGAAACAUGCUGAAGAUUUGUAAUCAAUCACAGUGAGAUUCAUUUGUCUGCUUAAGUUGUCAAAUCUACAUAAUAUAAAAGUGACCCAUCCUAACACAAAUCAUCAAAAGAUAAAAACACAAUGAAUCCCAGAGGCUUAUUUCUACUGCAGGCAGGGGGUAGGAGCAUCGUGAAGAGGCAACCAAUUGACAGUUUAACAGUCAUUUUAUAAAUAUACAUCCUUUAGUUUGAAAAGAACGCUCCAUCAUAAUAUCAUUCGAUAUUAAUUCAUAAACAUUCCUAUUUUCAGUUCAGAUAAAUGUAAAGAGAUUUUAAAAAAAGAAAAUCCUGAAUUUAAAUAAGAUUUCAUGAAUCUAUACAAUUUAUAAAAGACAUGAGACAGGUGUGACCAUAAUGUCAGCACUAUAUCAAAGUAUUACCUUAAUCUAUUUAACAUUAUUAGCAUGUGAAUAUGAACAACUUUGCCUCAAUGCAAUGUUAUCAUUCAAGUCUGAGUUAGCUACAUACCUGCUAGAUACUUAAUAACAAGAACUGCAUCAUUCUCUUGUUCUGUUUACCUCAUGAAUCUCCUGACAGAGAAUGAAAUGUGUUGAUGUGAUAACUUUUUUAAUAUAAUCUGCUGUGCAGUGUUUGGUUUCAGACAAGUCUUUAACUCUCGGGUAUAUCAUCAACCCCUUGCAAAUAUUACACUGUUUCUUUUAAACACUGUGUCCCAUCAGCCUGCACAUGUUCAUAACUUGUCUUUUGGUACUAAACUUGAAACUAUGACUGCAGCGUUAGCAUGUGUUUUUUUCUGAACUCAUGCUAGCAAGGACAAAACUGCAAAGCUAACACUACCUUACAGGAUACCAUGGUCCAAACAGGUGAUGAUAGUGACACAAUACUGUGAUUUCUCUAAUAUCUUAAAUCCAUUUAGACCAAAUCAGGCGUUGCUGAGAUUAGCACAGGAUUGUGCAACACUUGUGUUUGUGCUUAACAUAACUGCUCUGAAAACAAUUAGAAAAUAAUAUUUUAUUUGUCUUAUUCACUGGUGCUCCCUCUCCUCAUUCAGUGUUCUUGUUGCUUAACCACCACUGUCUCUCUCCCUCUAAAACAAACACUAAAUCAAUUUCAGUGAUAUUUCAGGCUGGAGUGGGUUAAUCAGUUGAUUGCUGCAUUGGUCACUAUAGUGUGAUGUGGGGUUGUGAAUGAAGGGAGGGGUGGGGAGUUAAAGAAGAGGAGCGCUGCGGAAAAGUUGCAUUCCAAGCUGUGUCGAGAUUUGUGCAGCUUAUUUCAAACAUCAAAA